AUGGGGCUCCAGGCUGGGCCACCGCGGGCGCGUGGGGACCUUGUCCUCCUACCCGCAGUGGUGGCGAUGCUUCUCCUCUGCGCCAGUCCCUCAUUUCUUGCUUGAUCUGCUGCCGCAGGGUUCCUCGCAGACUGCAGCCACCUUCACCAGACCAGCCCCAGCGGGGUGUACGUCAUCCAGCCGGCAGGAUCACCCCCGCGGGUGGUGUGGUGCGACAUGGACACCGAAGGCAAGGGCUGGACUGUUGUCCAGAGAAACACUUACACCACCGAAAUCACAUGGAAGGAGUCCUGGACCACCUACAAGUACGGCUUCGGGGACGUGCAGGGUGAUCACUGGCUGGGCACCGAGUACCUGCACCUGCUGACGCAGCAGGGCAUCUACAAGGUCCGCUUCAUCGUGCGGAAUAAAGCCAACGUCACCCAUUACGCCGAGUACGACAUCUUCAGCGUGGAGAGCGAGGCUAGUGGGUACCCGCUGAGGCUGGGCCGGUUCCUGGGCAGCGGGACGGACUAUCUGACCAGCUAUCACUCCAGGUACGGGGGCAUCCACGACAACAUGAAGUUCAGCACAGCUGACAAGGACCAGGACCAGCACAGCGGGAACUGCGCCAACAGCUACGGGGGUCCUGGGCAGCGGGACGGACUAUCUGACCAGCUAUCACUCCAG